AUGCCGAUCUGCCAGUGUCCGACGGAAUGUGAUGGAUGUCAGCGCGAGCUCGAUCCCUCCGUUGCUGCACAUCAUCUCCAGACCUGCAAACGCCGAUCCUCCAAGCUUCCCACGGCGCAUGACAACCUUACUCGUACGAUUCGGUCGAUGCUGAACGAAGCUGGUCUUCAGAGUGUCAUCGAUACAGUGGGGGAUCCUCGUUCUCGACGGCAGGUACCCUCCCAUCCUCAUGGCCGCAAGAUGAAGGGCGAUAUCCACAUCCCUGGAAUCCGCGAUCGAGGGUCCGAGCAGUACGAGGGCUUGAUGGCGGACGUGACGUUGGUCCACCCUUACAUCGGUAGCUCUGCCGACCUGACCAAGUGGGGGGAGGUCAACCUCGACGCCCUCCAUGCUGCAGCGUCUGAGAAGAUUCGCAAACAUCGCGCUGCAUAUGCCAUGACUACUCCUCCUCGAGCGUUCAUCCCUCUUGCCAUCUCGACGGACGCGUCUGAGAAGAUUCGCAAACAUCGCGCAGCAUAUGCCAUGACUACUCCUCCUCGAGCGUUCAUCCCUCUUGCCAUCUCGACGGACGGUACCCUGCAUCCUGACACCCUCCGCUUCAUCUGGUAUCUCGCGGACAUCAUUCCUCAGCGCUCGAUGCCUCUUGAGGAUGCGGCGUUUGGUCGGCACUUCGUGCCUGAUGACGGCCCUGCUGCUGAGGUCUUGGCUCGCAAACGCUCCGCCACCUAUCAGCGCCUCACCAUGCAGCUUACGCUGGAGGCGCUCUUGUCUGGUGCGAGGCGCAUGACGCCCUUGCGGGCGCAAGCACUUCUCGAGCCAGAGGACAGCUCCUCCUCGGACUUUGUCGAGUCGCCCGAGGGGAGUCUUCGCCGGAGGUCUCCGACUCCGAUGGGGGAAACCCUUCGAGUGGCCCCGACGAUCGGCGCGGAGCUGGCGAGGCGUCUCCGUCCCUCACUGUGA